AUGCUAAAAGACGUACCCUCCUCUGUCCUCAUCGUCGGAUCCGGCGUCUUCGGCCUCAGUACAGCCUACAAUCUUGCCCAACGACCGGAAUUCAAGGACACCAAAGUCACUGUCUUGGACCGCCUGGACUUCCCAGCACACGAUGCAGCGUCAAUCGAUUCCUCCCGUAUCGUGCGACCAGACUACCCGGACGCCGCAUACUCGAAACUCGCUGCCCAAGCGCAGAAACUCUGGCGUGGCGAUUUUGGAGCCGAGGGACGCUAUAGCGAGUCUGGUCUGGCUAUUCUGCUGGACGAUGAAGACUCUAAGCUGGGAAGAGCCUACAUGGAGGGGUCGCUCCGCAAUGUCAGUCUGAAGCUGGGACUCAAGCAAGGCCCCAGGAGCGAAGGCGGCCAGGUCACCGUCCUAGACGACGAAGAAGCAAUCAAAGGCGUCGUCAAAAACAUGUCCGGCCACAUAGGCAAACUCGGCUACGUCAACUGGACCUCCGGCUGGGCGCACGCCGAAAACGCCAUGCUCCACCUCCGCCGCCUCGUCGAAGCCACCAACCGCGUCUCUUUUCAGCGCGGCGAAGUCGCACAUCUCCUCUUCUCCCCGUCCCCCUCCUCCCCCACCGUCUCUGGCGUUGUUCUAAACGACGCCUCCGAGCUCCGCGCCAACCUUACCAUCCUCGCCACAGGCGCCUGGACCCCGCGCCUCCUCGACCUCCGUGGGAUCGCAUCCGCUUCAGGCCAGAUACUAGCCUACAUCGACCUCACACCCUCCGAACAAGAGAAGCUCGGCGGGAACCCCUGCAUGCUCAACGAAUCGAGCGGAAUGUUCAUCAUCCCGCCCGCCAACAACGUGCUCAAAGUCGCUCGCCACGGAUACGGCUACGCUAAUCCGACAACAAUCCCUCACCCCGAGCGUCCCGGGACGGGAGAAACGAUCACAGUCUCCCUCCCACGGACCAAAACCGACGAUCCACACCUCAACAUACCCGCCGAAGGCGACCGCGCGUGCCGCGACUUUCUGAAGCGCUGUAUACCCGAGCUUGGGGAUAGGCCGUGGACGCAUACGCGGAUAUGUUGGUAUACUGAUACGCCGAGUAGUGACUGGUUGAUCGACUAUCAUCCCACCUACAGCGGGCUUUUUGUAGCGACGGGCGGGAGCGGGCAUGGGUAUAAAUUCCUGCCUGUGAUUGGGGAGAGGAUUGCCGAGGUGUUGAUGGAGGAGACGAGGGAUGAGUUGAGCGAGGAGUUGCGGCGGAAAUGGUCAUGGCCGAAGGAAAAGUUUAGGACGGAGCAUGUGUGGACGGACGAUUGGAGGGGUGGGGCGAAGGGGAUGAUUUUGGAUGAGGAACUCAAGAAGUCGUGA